AUGGAAAAUCUUAUUGAAGUGGAUUUAUCAAUGAUUAAGACAUUGAAUUGUUUUGAAAUUACCGACUGUAAACAUUUGAAAAGAUUGUCAGCAGUACCUGAUCUAACAAAUCUUUUAGCAUUUAAGGUUCAUGAAUGCCCCGAGCUUGAGGAAUUGAGUUGUUGCGACGUCAACAUCUCAGGAAAAAUGACAAUUAAAAGAAAAAGUGUGGCUGAAAUAUCUAAUCUUGGGAAACUCACAGAACUAAAUAUGAGUGGCUGUUUGCAGAUUCGGGAGUUAAGGUUAGCCCAUUUGAGUUCCCUAGAAAUGCUUACAAUUCAAAACUGUAAAUUGUUAAGAAUUGUAUCAAUGAUAUCCGAUCUUAGAAAGCUCGUAGAAUUGAACAUUGGAAUGUGUAUCGAACUUCAAGAGUUGUGUUUUGGCCAUUCAAAUUCCCCGGAAAGAAUUACCAUUAAAGAUUGUGAAACUUUCAAAAGAUUGUCAGCUACAACUGAUCUUACCAAGCUCGUGGAUUUGAAGAUUGAGGGGUGUACAGAGCUUCUGGAGUUAUGCUUUGUCCAUCUGAGUUUCUUGGAAAGAAUCACCAUUAAAAAAUGUAAAAACUUGAAAGUGUCUCAGAAAUAUGAGCUCUGUUUUGUAUGUCUAAGCUGCCUUGAAAAGAUAGCAAUUGAAGAUUGUCCGAUUUUGGAGAGAGUGUCUGGAAUACCCGAUCUUAGAAGGCUAACAGGAUUGUACAUCAAAGAAUGCCCUGAGAUUAAGGAGUUACCAAGUAUUGCCAGACUGAGCUGCUUGGAGCAAAUUGAGAUUGAUUCUUGUGAGAAGCUACAGAACAUUACCCUGCUCUCAAGACUAAUCAGAUUCACAAUGCAUUGUUGUAGAGAAUUACAGAGUGUAGGAGGAACAUCUGAUGUUACAGAUCUUGUGCUGUUUAACAUCAGUCAAUGUCUAGAGCUUGAGGAGCUAAGUUUUGGGGAUCAGAACUGUCUGGAGAGGAUCACAAUUAAAGAUUGUAAACAUUUGAAAUGUGUGUCAGGAAUAUCUAAUCUUGCAAAGCUUGUAGAAUUGGAAAUUUCUGAUUGUGGGAAGCUAGAGUUUGAAUACUUGUAUCUCAAUGGUAUGAAGUGUCUGGAGAGGAUAAUUUUUGAUAGAAAUGUAAGUGUGAAAUAUGUUGGGCUGGAUGGUUGUCAAAAUUUGAAAAAGAUAAUGUUAAGUUGUGAAGAGCUUGUAGAAUUAAGCAUUCAGGGCUGUCCGGAGCUUGAGGAGUUGCCAACUUUUAGAGGUCCAAGUUGUCUGGAGAGGAUUAUAAUUGAUGGAUGUGGGAAGCUCGAGUAUCUUGAAUUGGAUGGUUGUCAAAAUUUGAAAAGUCUGGAAAGCGUUACUUUGCCAACAACACUCAUCAACCUCAGUCUGAUAUGUUGCAGAGAACUACAAACAGUAGCUGGAAUAGGUAAUCUUGCAAAUCUUACAGAGCUGGUUAUUAAGCAGUGUCCUGAGCUUAAGGAGAUACCCAGUCUUGACAAACUCCUCUGCUUGAAGAUUUUUGUAAUUGACCGCUGUGCGAAGCUGGGGAACAUAUCAGGUAUUGAAGAGUUGCAUGCAUCAAAAUACAUGAGACUUUGUUAUUGCAGCAAUGCAGUAAUAUGGAAUUGCAUUCAGAAGUUGAAGUUUCGUGGAAAUUUCAUUGAAAUUGGCGGCAAUGGUGAAAUUGGUAGUCACAAAAAUGAUGUGCGGGAGAUGAGGGCUAUUCUUGGAUGCUUUGUUAUUGUGGUUGAUAGCUCGACUUGGGUAGCCGAUAUAAAUGAAAAUCUUUGCAUAUACAAGGGCAGUGGAAUUACAGUGCGCGAGGGAGAAUGGAUAAUUACAAUGGUAGCAUGUGAUUAUUUGAGUUAUCGGUAUUAUAUGAGAAUAGCACAUGUUUUAAGCAGGUAUGGAAUAAUGAAGAAGGGGUACAGUGUAGAGGUGAAGAAAGAUGAACAGUGGAAAACUGUGGGUAUGUUACAUACAAUUGUUAAUAGGCUACAUCGUUUAUGA